AGUUCAAUUCUGCUUGCAGGCCGUGAUGGUUUAAGAUUCUAAAUCUUGGAAAAUAUAACUCCACUCAUCGAAACUACAGGAAUAUGUGCCGGUUUAUUUUAUUAUUAUUUAUUGUGAAAUCUGUGUAUUGUCAAGACUGUUAUCUAUCGAAACCCCCCGAUUUCAUAGACGAAUGUAAAAUACAGGAAAAAAAUUUCAUCAACUGCUCAACUAAGAGCAUUCAAAAAUUAUUCGAUAAAUUAAAUGAUGGAAUUCCUGGUCUGAAUAGUAUUAAAAGUUUUGAUCCAUUUCAUUUGAAUCGCAUUAAAAUAUCGCAGGGUAACAGCAACGCCAUCAACUUGAAAGUGGAACUGUCAAACGUUAAAAUUAUUGGUUUUGGAAGAACGAACGUAUUAGAGAGUAUUGUUUACCCAAAGGACUUUAGUUGGAAGACCACUUUUGUAUUGCCUGUAAUGAAAUUGCAAGGUGACUACAAUCUUAUUGGACGUAUUUUACUAAUUCCACUAAAUGGACGUGGACAAGUUUUCUUAGAUGCCGAUAAUAUGACAAUCAUAAUGCACUCCAAGACACGCCUUUAUGAAAAGGCAGGCUUUACAUUCUACAAUGUAACAAAUUGUGAUGUUGAUUUUAAGAUAGAUGGACUCAAAUCAUAUUUCUCAAAUUUAUUCAAUGGAAAUAAGCAUUUAGAGGAUAGCACAAAUAAAUUUUUCAACGAUAAUUGGCGUAUGCUUGCCGAUGCAUUGUACUCUGUCAUCACGCAAACCAUUGAGGACGUACUGCUCGAUGUGUUAAAGAAGAUAUUUCAUUACAUACCAGCUAACUUUUUCAUAAGUGAUAUUCCGACGCCUGAAGAAUUGUACGGAAAGAGCCAAUUUAAGGAAAAAGGACACACAGAAUAACAUUUAUGAACUUAUAUAAAUAAGAAAAUCGUUAAAAAUAUUAUAACACUAUCUUCUUAAGCCUAAAAUUAUGUUAUAUUUAAUUUUAUGAGACAAUGAAUUGCUAUAACAAUUCAAUUUAGAAGCAAUAACAAUCUUGUUGCGCUAUAAAACCUCAAUUUGAGUUUGUGUAAUGUGCAAUUUGAUAACACGACAACACAAAAUUCGACUCCACUCGACCUGCAUACAAAUUAUAACAAAGUUUUUAUACAAAAUUUGUAAAUGUCGAUUAAUGAGGAAUAAAUUUGCAUUUAUUGCACAUAAUUGUGUGAUAAUAAUUUUUAAUAAAACACCAAAAU